AAUAGGACGGUGACUCUCAAAGAAGUGACAGGACUUUUCUACUGGGGUUCCAUGGCAAAAGAUGUAAACAAAUGGAUUGACAACUGUGAAGAAUGUCAGAUCCGUCCAAAAUAUUGUUCUUCCCAAAAGUCAAAUUACUGCAUUUGCUACGGAUGUGAGAGUAGCCUGGUAUCAAACAGUGAAGACGAGAGCCUGACCUUUCACAGGUUCCCCAAAAGUGAUGACGAGAGAUUCAAGCUUUGGAUCUCCUAUACCAAACGGGAUCCAUGGUCUUUAACCAAAACAUCUGUCCUGUGCUCCAAGCACUUCACAGAGGACUGCUUUGAUCACUCGGGAGGGAGUGUAUCUCUCAAACCCGAUGCAGUCCCCACUGUGGCAAUGGCAUCAGACAUUCAACAGGAGAGCAAUGAAGAUGACGCUGACCCUUCCCAAGACCUGACAGAAGAUCAUAUAGAGCAUCCGUAUGCGAUGGAUUCAGAGAGGGCGGAGUUGAGGGGUUUGGGGGAAAAUGACCCAAACAGUAGGAAGGAUCUUGCUUUCUCUAGGUAUGAUGCAGUGGAGAGGUUCUUGAGGACAGGGACAUUUUCAAAGGAGUUGAUGCAGGACAUGAGACACUAUGUCAGAAGAGCCUCAAAGCACUACUGUCUGGAAGGUGAUGUUCUGUACUACUGCAGAGGAACUGGACUCCGAAGAGUGCUUCGAAGUCGAGCGCAUGUCAAUACGGUGUUGAGGGAACAUCACGAUAACCAAGGUCAUUACGGCACACAACGAUGCAUAAGCAACAUCACUGAGAAGUUCUACUGGGGAUCACUGAAAAGGGACACUGAACUGUGGGUUGGCAACUGUCAACUCUGCCUGAAUAUGGAUGAAACAUCCCAGAAUUUCCACUGCUCUGUGAAGGGCUGCAACACUCAAAAUGGGCCGGUGGAGAGAAGUCUGGGCCUGACCUUUCAUCGGUAAGGGGGCGUCCAUCCACACGGCAGUGGGCCCUCACAUCCCGGCUACUUGUUAAAUUAAAUGCCACAUAGUUGUGGUGCCAAUACUACUAGACAUUUCAAAGUUGUUGUAUGAGGGAUAGGGCAUCUCAAGCAAAAAUACUGUUGUACAGAAGAAUUGCACAUCGCCACACACAUUUGUGAUAGUAACAAAGUUAUGUCUCUGGUAGUAACGAUUUAGUUGGCAAACAGCUUUUAGUAGUGUGUUACUAAGCCCAAUUACAGGCACCCAAUAAGAAAACAAAUGUAUUCCUGUGUGUAGGCUGCACCCGAGUAUUAAUUGCAGGGCUGCAGACAUUUUACAAAAACAAUGUAUGUACUGCAGUGAAUAGUCAUGAAAUUAUGGUAGUCAUAUUAAUGCCAUUUGAUUUCUCAAGAUUUAUUUUUAUUGGAUUUUGCAAGCUGAUUUAUCAGGAAAUACAGAAUAGACAUAU